AUGGCGCCCCACGCCCUCGAUGAGGAUGGCAGGGGCAUCUCCAUUGCGGGGUGGCGUGUGCGCGCAACGCGCGCCCCCAUCAUCGGUGACGCCGCUGUUGAGGCUGCGGCGCGCGACCUGGGCGGCGUCCUGACUGUGCCUGAGAUCCUUUUUGGCAACAGCCGCCUGGAGCUGAGUCAUGCGGCGUCCGGCGUGACCCUGAGCUUCACGGCGCUCGACGCGCUGGCCGCGUGGCGGCGCGAGGGCCUCCCGUCCCUCAAGGUGGUGGUGGCGCAGCAGUGGCAGGCGGCGCGGCGUGAAGAGAUCCAGCGGCAGCAGGCUGUGGUGCUGGAGUACGACUGGACCUACACCACCCCCUAUCAGGGCACACUCGAGUGCACACAGAGUUGCGUUAGCGUCGCCUCACAGCAGCAGCAGCAGCAGCAGCAGCAGCAGGGCCAGCAAGGGCUGCAGGAGAAGCAAGGGGCCGGGCAAACCCUGCCGCAGCGCAUAAUCUGCACAAGCCUAGAGGGGGAGCAGCAGAGCGCAGAUGCGGCGGCCCAGGCCCUCACAGCAGCUGAGGCGGCCGCAAGGCCCAGACACCCGAUGUGCCAGCCUCGUGCGGCAGGCAGCAACGCGUCGCCCGCCGCACCGACGGAUGGAGCAACAGCCUCCGCGGCAGCUGUGUCGGCAGCGGCGGCUGCGCCCUGCGACCUGCCUGUGUGGGUGCCUACAUUGCGGCAGGCGGACCGUGCGCUGCUGAUGUCGCGUGACGAGCCAAUCCUGUUUUUUGCGGAGGUCCCCCUGUAUGAGUCAGAGCUUGACGAUAACGGCUGCUCCCAGCUGGUGGCCAAGGUGCGGGUGAUGCCGCGCUGCUGGCUGGUGCUGCUGCGGUUCUGGUUGCGCGUGGAUGGGACCAUGGUGCGGCUCAGGGAGACGCGGCUGUUCUGCAGGUACGACCAGCCGGAGUCUGGUGCCACAGUGCUGCGCGAGACGAAGUACUUUGAGGGCACCAUGGCGCAGCUGCGCGCGGCAGGCGCGCCGUUCACCGCCACGGCCUACUCCGACGGCGACGCCGCCGCCGCCAUUUUUAGCGCCAUCGCGCCCGCGUGCCUCUCCCGCUAUGAGCUGCACGAGCUGAAGCUAGCCUAG